CGACCAACACGGCACGCGACCUUGGUUCAACAACGUCUUCGUUGGCCUGAGCAGAGUCUUCAAUUCAUCCCGCAGUGGAGUUCAUCCCUCUACACCUCUUUUCACCAUGUCUUCCUGCUUCGGUUUCCGCAAGUCGCGAGCUGACGACCGCCAGCCAUUGCUGCCUCAGUACCACGAUGACACGGCUCUCCAGAGACAGGUGCACCAGAAGCUCCACUCGUAUCAGAUGUACAGAGCUCUGGCCAAAGGUUUCAUGCCCUCGAACGAACAGGUCCUCAUCAACCUGCGGACAUUGACAGCUGCCGACAUCCUCAAUCCCGACAACCCAGACCUGAGUGAUUCUGGCCGCUUGCUGGUCAAGUACACAAAGCAAUGGCUUCGAGAGUUCAUGGAGCUUCUACAACACAAGAACAGCGAAGAUCAGAUUCAAGACUUCAUCUGGUUCUUGUCCAAGUCCAAGGUGUCUGUUGAUGUGGACGACCUAGCUGAGAGAGCUUCCAAAGCCAAAGCUAAGGCAGACACAGCCGCAGCCUACCAGAGCCUGCAGACUGUUGGCUCCCUUCUCCUUACCAAUUCUGACUUCCGCCUCUUCCUCUCAGACCUCAACGUCAUCGGACGCGAAGUCUUCAAAGACACCGCUUUCAAGCUAUCUUCAGUAGCUAAGGAAGCAGGAAACAAAAUCGAGCCCUCCAAGACAGAACAAGAUGCAGUCAAGGAACCUGGAGCUGGCUCCGGUCCUCCUCCUUCUGCUGACGACCUCAACGGCGAUCUCGUCGAUGUUGCCAAUGUAGUCGGCAAUGGUGCUGUCAAAGUUGCAAAGGAGGCAGAGAGCAGUCUGGAAGACAAACUGACUGGAGAUGAGAAGGAUACCCUGAUUUACCGGUUGAAGCAGGUCGUUCUGAACCUCAGGAAGCGGAGGGACUACUCUGAUUCAGUGUCCACCAUAUCGACUCUGAUGAAGCGCUACGCUAUGGUGUAUUCCCGUGCUGUUCAAGAAGCUGUCGACACGACUCAAGAGGAUGUCAACACCAACAGGGCUUUGGACAAGGCCAUGCAAAACUUCUGGAUCCUCAUAAGCUCCUUUGGAGACAAGAAAGAGUGGGAAAAACUGGAAACCGACUUCAAGCAGGUCAUGGGCCACCGCGAGAAUGACCCAGAGUUUGAGGACUUGAUGACUGACAUGGGCAAUUCUCUAGAGAAGCUCCUGACUGACCCAGAGUUCUUCGACCACGCCGACGAAAAGUUCCAGGAGUUGAGGGCAAAGUCUCGCAAGGUUGGGACAGAGUCAUCCCUCCGCGAUGAUGUCGACAAGCUGUUUGGACAAAUUCAAACUACCUUCUACUCCGUUGUUGAGGACCAGGACAUCGCACGGCUAUUGAAGACUUCGAUGAAGCUUUUCAACAUCCUUUCACCAGCCCAUGCGUAUACGAGUGGAGAAUUAGUCACAGAUGCUAUUAACGUAUUUGUUCCUAUGUUCAUUCAAGCUAUACAAUACGUGCCUAUCCCUCGUCUUGAGAUUUCCACUCCAGACGUCGAUCUCCUGCUUGAGAACCUCAUCAUCGAGCCAGGUCGGACGAUCAACCAUAGCUCCUUCCUUCCCUAUAGGCUCCGCGUCGAGACGUACAACGACUUGGAAAUUCGAAAAGCUCGCUUCAGAACAACCUCCAAGGUAUCUUCACUCGUGACCAUCAAACUAGACGGCCUUUCUCUCAAAGCCGACGAGAUCGGAUUCCUCCUUCGAGCCCAUUCGGGUAUCCUCCGACUCGCAGAUGAAGGCAUUGCCUCCUUCGAACUGGACGAGCGAGGCAUCGACAUCCACCUAGAUGUCGAAAUCGGCAAAGAAAAGCUCGAGAAGAUCUUGACGUUGAAGGCCGUGCGUGUUCACGUCCACAAACUUACUUACUCCAUGCGUAAAAGCAAGUUCUCAUUCUUCGGCUGGCUUCUGAAGCCCCUUCUGCGGCCUAUCAUCCGAAAAGUCAUGGAGAAGCAACUCGCAUCAGCUAUUGCCGAUGGCAUACAUGCUGCCAACCGAGAGUUGCUGUUCGCUCGCGAGCGCCUUCGUGCCACCCAGAUUUCCGACCCGGAUGAUAUCCGCACCUUCUUCAGAGCAGUCAUGACACGCUUGACGCCUGAAGACGAUCCCGAUUUAUAUACCAGAGUCGGUGUCGCUGAGCCCGGUAAAGGUGUCUUCAAAGGUAAGUACGCUCCAGGCAGCAUCGUCAAGCUUUGGGAAGACGAGGCUACUCGAGCCGGAGAGAGGGUUGAGGAUUACGACCAAGGCGGCUGGAGGAACGAAGUCUUCGACGUUCAUACUAUGAACAUGACUUGAGCAUAGUGUCCAGCGGCAGUUUUAUGGGGCUUCUUGAUGUCUGUAUUACUUGGCGAGCUUUAUGAUCGCGCGGUAUUCUGCCCUUCACGUGUUUGUAUUGUGGAGUGGUUUGGAGGAAAAGUUCUGAUUUUAUGAUUAAAAGUGGGAGGGAAACACUUACUAGUUAGUACAUAAUGGCUAGUUUUAGGAUGAAUCUUUAUCACCUUAAAUAAACUCCCUUUCGUCCUGACAUCUUUCAAGUCUUCAACUAGAAGGUAGAAACCAGUGACUUGCCAAGUGCAUAGCAUUUAGUCGCCAGCACAU